ACAAUAAUGUCUUCCAGCUCCGAGCUAAACACUAGAUCCAAUAAAAAGAAGGAGUUGGAGAAUACCGGAGAUGUUUCGGAGAUCCAGGAUAAAAUAAACCCAGAUGAGGAGACAGAGAACCUUGAGCAGAUUGAAGGGAAGGGUGAGGAUACAGAGAACCCUGAGAAGGUUGAAGGAAAGGAUGAGAUUGAUUGCAGCGAGGAUGAACCAAUAGAUUCUUUAAAUGAUAGUUUAAUUGAAGGCUUUUCUGACUCUCUCCGAGGGGGAGAAAACAAGGUUCGGUUAAUCAAGGAUAGAGAAGAUGAGAAUACAUCCAACAGUGGAGAGAGCUCUGAUAUAUCCCUGGACAAUGAUAGAAGGACGAAGUUGAAAAACUCUAUAGUUGAAGAGGAGAGAGAUAGUUCUAGCUCCGGAGAGCAGGAGGAGGAGUUUGAUUUUGAUGAGGAGGAUGAAGUAAUGGAGGUUGUGGUUGAACAAAGUGAUGUCGAGGACGAUGAUGAUGAGGAUGAUGAUGAUGAUGAUGUUGUACUGGGCGGGCAGCGUAGGCAGGAUAUACAGGGUCGAAGAUUCUCUCAAUCCUCAGAUGAAAGUGAAUCAACUGUAGCUGAUGUAGGGAUUAUAAAAUGGAAGCUGAAGGACAAAAAAAACAAGGAAAGAGACACAGAUCAAUGUUCAGAGGAUGAGAUUAACCGCGAGGACAAGGAUGAAAGUAAAAAUGAAGGGGAUGAGGACGAGGAGAAGGAAGAUAAUAAAAGAACGGAGGAUUCAAAAGAGAGUGAAAUUUUAGAAAAAGAGACAGAAUCCAAUAGAUUUAAUCCUCCUUUGCCAGUUCAAGAUUUAGGUUCAAAUAAUAAAAAUAAAAGGGAAGCAUAUUCUAUGGUUGGAACAAAAAUGCGUUAA